CUGCCUCUACAACGCACCGUCGCCCUCGUCAAUCCGCGUAGGAUACGGCGACACAGCCGUGAAGAAGCAAGAGCGGACGCACGCCGGCCGAAUACUUCAUCCAUCCCGACUUCGACCCACGGACGCUGUCCAACGACAUUGCAGUGAUCCGGCUGGCCAAGCCGAUACAGCAGACGCGCACAGCACACCGCAUUCCAGGUGUAUUUUGGCGGGGUGGAGGCCGGGCAGCUGAUCACAGCGAUGGGCUGGGGCGUGACUUCGAAUGCGCCUGGCGCACAUACUGUGCAGGUCAUGAACCGCGUCGACUUGCACGUGGCCGACGCCAAGAUGUGCCGGCGCGUCGACGAGACGUUCGACUCCAACAACGGUCCGUUUAUCUGCACGGGGACGCAGCCCGGGAACAAGGACGAGUGCAACGGCGAUAGUGGGUCGCCAGCAAUCAUCACCAUGGUCAAUGGCAGGCCGCGCACCAUCCAAGAAACAGCGCCUGGUCGGCUCUCGAGACAGCAGGAUCUGGGGCCGGUGGCCGACAUGCGGCUGAUUGGGCUGACAUCGUACGGAGACAAUGCCGAUCACGACCCGCACCCGCCAUGUGGAGACCCGAGCGGGUUUGGGUUCAGCACACACAUAGCCUAUUACACAGACUUCAUUUUGCAGGCGACCGGGCUCACCAAGGACAGGCUGCAGGAGCCGAUCAAGUUUGAUCGGUUGGCCGAAGCGCCAAAGCCAUCAGGCGGCGCCCGGGCAGUGGACCCGAUGGCUGGACUGCAUCUCUGGCUUAUAAUUGCGCUGGUUGCGAGCUGGCUGCUGCGCCGGUAGCCCCAACGGAGGGGGAGGGCUUGUGGUGCGUCGGGCAUGACUGAUGAAUUUGGAGGGGGUCACACCUGUUUCAGCCGGUGACUCAGCCUGCGCCCACUCAACUCGAGCAAAGGCCAGCGGGCGGUCGGGCUAUGAAUUCCCUGUAGGCGAUCAUGGCUACACGUGUACAGCCUUUU